GACCGUUUUUUAGAUAAUCACUUUGAAAAAACUGGAAUUCCGCAUAAUAUUUUCCUCGUGUUGACUAAUACGUUAUCAACAUUUAAUCUGAUGCGUACAUUGUUUCUUAGAAGACUUUAAUGUCGUUAGCGCCAUCUAGCAGUAUAUUGUUAGGGAAUAGUAGAUAAAUAGUUAUACGAGGAUAAGACUUCAAGGACGUUCGGUAUUCUGUCCAUUUCUAAUCAUUUCCGCUGCCAGUGUUGCGACUGCGAGUGAAUCAAUUUAUCGGUCUCAUUGAAUUCAGCCUGACCAUUCAGAUAUAGUCGUGAACAUUAUGGGCAAGCCAGACACUGAUAAUCAGGAAAGGACUAUAAACCACGUUGGAAAAUCACCAGGUGGUUUAAAUGGAAAGGCUAACGAAUCGGAUACAUUAAUUUUUUAUGUUAAUGGCACAAGGGUAACUGACAAAGACGUCAAUCCUGAAUGGACUCUCCUAUAUUAUCUUCGGAAUAAAUUAAAUUUAACCGGAACAAAACUGGGUUGCGCGGAAGGUGGGUGCGGAGCAUGUACCGUGAUGCUGUCGAGAUUUGAUCGUCGUAGGCGAAAAAUCCUGCAUCUCGCAAUCAACGCCUGCCUGGCACCCAUUUGCAGUGUUCACGGAACAGCGAUAACAACUGUGGAAGGCAUAGGCAGUACCAGGACUACACUCCAUCCCAUUCAAGAGCGCCUGGCCAAGGCCCAUGGAUCCCAAUGCGGCUUCUGUACCCCCGGGAUAAUAAUGUCGAUGUACGCCCUAUUGAGAUCAAAGCCCAAACCGUCGAUGCAGGACCUGGAACUCACGUUCCAGGGGAAUCUCUGUAGGUGCACGGGAUAUCGUCCCAUUAUUGAGGGCAUGAGGACCUUCACUGAAGAGUGGGAGCAAUCUCGAAUGGUUCACCAGGCCUCUGAUUCCACCAAUUGCGAGAUGGGGCCCUGUGCAAUGGGUGAAGCCUGCUGCAAGCGUGCCUUCACAUCGGAGCCAACAGAAGUCUUCAAUACCAAGGAAUUUCGUCCAUACGAUCCCACCCAGGAGAUCAUUUUCCCUCCUCAAUUAAAACUCUCUGAUGGACUGGAUAAAGAAUAUUUGAUAAUCAAAGGGAAAGAAGUUACUUGGUAUCGUCCGACGACUUUACACCAACUCCUCUUCCUCAAGAACCAGUUCCCUAAUGCCAAGAUCAUUGGUGGUAACACCGAAGUGGGUGUGGAAGUUAAAUUCAAACACUCCAAGUACCCAAUUCUGAUCCAAACUAGACAAAUUCCCGAGCUUGGAAGUAUCCUCGUUCAAGACUCUCUAACGAUUGGUGCGAGUGUCACUCUGAUGGAGUUGGAAGAAUCCCUUACCGAUCUCAUCUCCGUCACUCCAGAAUACAAGACAAGAAUAUUCAAAGAAAUAGUCGAAAUGCUCCAUUGGUUCGCAGGAAAGCAGGUUCGAAAUGUUGCAGCAAUUGGGGGAAACAUAAUGACAGGAAGUCCAAUUUCAGAUUUGGUACCGAUACUAAUGGCUUGUGGAACGAAAUUGAACUUCUGCAGCCUCAAGAAUGGACAUAGACAAGUUCCUAUAGAUCACAACUUCUUCACUGGAUACAGACGGAAUAUCAGCAAGCCCGAGGAGAUCCUUUUGUCCUUAGAAAUUCCAUUCACCCAAAAAUCUCAAUAUUUUGUUGCCUACAAGCAAGCGAAGCGGAGGGACGAUGACAUUGCCAUAGUCAACAUGGCAUUGAACGUGAUUUUCAAGAGCGAAACUGAUGAAAUCAUUAGAGCUCACCUGGCAUACGGUGGAAUGGCCCCGACGACGAAGCUCGCAGUGAAAACCUGCGAGCAAAUGUUGGGAAAACGAUGGAAUUCAGAUAUGCUGGAAUUGACCUACCGAUCAUUAGUUGAAGAAUUCCCACUGGAAGACUCUGCACCUGGAGGGAUGAUCCUUUAUCGAAGGUCCCUGACCCUCAGUCUCUUCUUCAAGGGGUUCAUUCACAUCACGAAACAAUUACAGCAUAAUGUCCCUGGACUUGUACCAAUCCCGAAGGAAUUAUCUUCGGUGGAUGAUACAUAUCGGUAUAAAUCCUUCAAAAGUUCGCAGUACUACCAGAUCACUCCUGAUCACUCAGAGCCGAAGGAUUUGAUUGGGCGCCCGAUUGUCCACACCAGCGCCUUCAAACAAACCACUGGAGAAGCUGUAUUCUGUGACGAUAUUCCAAUAAUGAAAGAAGAGCUGUACUUGGCUCUAGUUCUAUCCACUCGAUCUCACGCUGAACUUCUAAGAAUCGACGCCUCCAAGGCCCUCGAACUCGAGGGCGUGGUGAAAUUCUACUCUGCUGAAGAUUUGCCUGCUGGCAGGAAUUCAGCAGGUCCCGUGAUAAGCGACGAGGAGAUCUUCGUGACCAGAGUAACAUGUCAAGGUCAACCAAUCGGCGCAAUCAUUGCAGUGGACCAAUUCACAGCUCAAAACGGCGCAAGAAUGGUUGAAGUAUUUUAUAAGGAUCUCACACCAAUUAUAAGCAUUGAAGACGCCAUACAAGCAGAAUCCUUUAUCGAGUCAUCUCCUAUGCGGAUCCAGCAUGGAGAUAUUGAUGAAGCAUUCGCAGAAUCCGACCAUAUCAUUGAAGGAGAGUUCAGAAUGGGCGGUCAGGAGCACUUCUACCUCGAGACUCAGUCUGUCCUGGCUGUCCCGAAGGAAACUGACGAGAUUGAGAUUUUCUGUUGCACUCAGGAUCUCAGUCAAAUGCAGAAGAUCACGGCACACGCACUUGGACUAUCGUUGAACCACGUAAAUAUCCGCGUGAAACGUUUGGGAGGAGCUUUUGGGGGAAAGGAGACCAAGGGAAGACUGAUUGCGGUACCAGCAGCUCUGGCAGCCUUCGAACUCCAGAAGCCUGUUCGUUGCAUGCUCAAUCGAGACGAGGAUAUGUCCAUCACUGGGGGAAGGCAUCCCUUCCUGUGUAAAUACAAGGUCGGCUUCACCCACGAGGGCCUUGUCAAAGGAGUGAAGACAGAGCUUUAUAUCAACGCUGGCUACUCCAGGGAUUAUUCUCCUGAGGUGAUGCAGCGGGCGAUCCAUCACUGCGAAAACGCGUACAAAUUUCCAGUGAUUGAUGCCGCAGGAUGGGUAUGCAGGACCAAUCUCCUCUCUAACACAGCUUUCCGCGCGUCGGGGGGACCCCAGGGGAUGCUGAUAGCUGAAAACAUUAUCUGGGAUGUGGCCAACUUCUUGGGGCUACCAGUCCAUAAAGUCUCCGAAAUGAACUUGUACAAGGAGAAUGAUGUUACUCAUUACCAUCAGAAACUUCUACUGUGUUCCUUGGAUCGCUGCUGGCAACAGUGUAUUCUUCAGUCUGAUUAUGAGAUGAGGAGAGCCAGGGUGGAGGAAUUUAAUCAAGGGAAUCGAUACAGGAAACGAGGGAUUGCUGUUAUACCCACAAAGUUUGGUGUUGGGUACACUCUGAGAGUCUUGAAUCAAGCUGGAGCACUAGUUCACGUUUACACUGAUGGCUCGGUACUCAUCACUCAUGGAGGGGCUGAAGUGGGCCAGGGUUUACAUACGAAGAUGAUUCAGGUUGCGACCAGUGCUUUGAAGGUUCAUCCUGAUAAAAUUCAUAUCUCUGAAACAGCGACUGACAAGGUGCCCAAUACAUCAGCGACCGCUGCCAGCAUUUCUUCGGAUUUGAAUGGAAUGGCUGUGCUAAAUGCUUGCAAUACUAUCAUGGAGCGCAUCAAGCACAUUAUCGAUAGCAGUCCUGAGGGGAGUUGGGAGGAAUGGAUCUCGAAGGCAUAUUUCGAGAGGAUUAGUUUGAGUGCAACUGGAUAUUAUCGCACUCCCGACGUUGGAUACGACUUUGAGACGAAUUCUGGGAUUCCUUAUAAUUAUUUUUCGUAUGGCGUCGCCUGCAGUGAAGUGGAAGUCGACUGUCUCACUGGGGAUCAUCAGGUACUGAGAACAGACAUUGUCAUGGAUGUGGGGGACAGUUUAAAUCCCGCCAUUGACAUUGGCCAGGUAGAGGGUGCCUUCACCCAGGGACUGGGAUUAUACACUCUCGAGGAGUUGAUGUAUUCACCUGAUGGUACGAUGUACACAUGUGGUCCUGGGUCUUACAAACUCCCUGGUUUCAAUGACAUUCCCCGGGAGUUCAAUGUCUCGUUGCUGCGAGAUGCACCCAAUCCACGGGCCAUUUACUCGUCGAAAGCCGUCGGGGAACCCCCGCUCUUCCUCGCGGCUUCUGUAUUUUUCGCUAUCAAGAAUGCAAUUCAGGAUGCCAGAAGAGAUGGCAAGGCUACUUGUAAAUUCAGACUGGACUCACCAGCAACUUCCGCCCGGAUUCGCACAGCUUGCGUCGAUGAGUUCACCACUAAAUUUCCAGAUGUUGACGUUGAUAAAGCGUGGAAUAAAAUUGCAUGAAGGUUUGAGAGGAUAAGGAUUCAAAUAAAAUCAUUACGUAUUAUAUUUUCAUGAUUAUAAUUUCUCUGUGCUGUAUAUUAAAUUAUAUAACUUGCAUAUUGAAAAAGAAAAUAUUGUUAUUGUUCAACGCGUUCGUCCACAUCUCCAAACGCAAUUGUAUUGAAUUAAUUAAAAAAAGAAAAACAAUAAGAAUCAUGAGAAAAUUCUACAGAAAGAAUAGGAAAAAAAUUUCAAUCUACAGUUCCACAACGCCGCAACUAAAUACAAUAAUUCCACUAUAUAAUCGUUAUUUAUAGUUGUUUUGUUUUCAUUCAAUAAAUACUUUGAACAAUGCACAAGAGCCAUAAAUAAGUUUGUUUCAUUUUCGUUUGUUCUCGUUAUAAUGACAUACGCUAAAACUAUAUGUGUUUCAAAAUGCUGUAUAAUAGGACCAGAUCAUUAUAUUACACUGGUUUUAACCACCAGUAAUACGCCUAAUCUACUGCUUUUAUGCUGAGACUUAUUUAAUUUUACGUUUUUUUUUAUUUAUUAAUUUUCUUAGUCUCCUCGAAAUUUCUACUCAAUGACAGACAUUAUGCUACAACACGACCGUGUAAAUUUGUUAGUUUAUCCUUGUGGUUCUGAUUUAUCGAUCAAAAUUAAAUUUCACUUGAUUGAUCAGUAAAAAAAAUUGAAAAAAUCCACUUGUAUUCAGAAUAAUUCGAUAAAUCCUUUCAUCUCUGUCGAGUAUAAUUAUUCAAUGAUGGGAGAAGACUUGACGACUUCUGAUGAUUCGGGUUAUUUACAAAAUUUCAUAAAUACAAAUUCUAUUAAAAAUAAUUGAAAUUAAAAUUGCAAUGCGUUCUAUUAGUUUUCUACCUGAAUCGGCAUGUAUUGCGAGUCAGUCCGAUUUUCAUUGUUCUUCAAUAUUAUGUUUCGGAGUCUCUUAUUUCGAGAUAGAUCGAACAAAUUUUUAAUACCUGUUAUCAAAUAAUACGAGUGUAAGAGAGUAUAUCAAUUCUUAAAAUUACCUCUGAAAAUUUCAUUUAAAACUGCCAUCUGAGGCUUUUUGAUAAUGUUAAUGUAUUUUGUUAAAUAAUUUCAUCCUUUGCUCUUCUUAUUCUUUUGAAUUUUCAUUGACUGACUGUAAAUUGCAAUUUUGCUCAAGGGGAGUAGAAUAAAAACAGAGAGAGAAAAAUGGACGCGCAGAUUUUCUUCUCAAAAAAUAAUCUCCAAUUGGGGUUCUACAUGCUAAUUUUUCUAGUCUUGGAUACGACAGUCAACUGAAAGACUUUAGAUAUGAAUUUUUUAGUUUAAAAAAAAUUAACGAGUUAGAGACGACUCAAGAUAUACGGUCCUUCUGUCGCCUAGAGCUUUUUUUCAAAAUAAAAAAAUACGUGUCUAAUUUUAAUUAAAUUUUCAUAUGCCAAAAGUUUUUUCAAUAAAAAAAAUAUACAGCCACUCAAUUAAAUUAAAAAAUCGAUUUGUCCUGUUUUAAAUCCCGAAGUGCCAGUUCUCAAAGGCUAUUCGCCGAAAUCAUUGGUUGAAUCUUGAUUUCUUCAUCGAAAACAAGAAACUUAGACAUUAAAACUGGAAAGACUCGUGAAUAUAAACGGCCUCUCGAAUGGAAGCCAUGAUUACUCCCUAUUUAAUAAUAAAACCGACAAUUAUCCCUCGCUUUUUCACAAAAAUACAGCCAAACAUACCACAAUAAUCAGCAUUAUAAAACGAUAAAAAAUUAAAACUUCCUGGGAAACUUUGAUUUCCCACACAAACCAGUAAUUGUUUAAAAAUUCCAAACUUCCACUUUUUUUUUAAAUGAAUAAAAAAAAUUCGUUGAAGUGACAUAAGUACUUACUCUAAUAAAAUUAAUUGUCAGUUUGUUAAAAAUAACAAGUGGACUGAAACCAACAUCCGUUAUUAAACUGUAUAAAUGACAUUUGACUUUGACUCUUGUUACCCUCGACGAAUUACAUACGUAAUAUAUUAUUGACAUUGUUAUUAAUCGGUAAUGAUCUUCACAUAUUCUUCUUUAAUUAUCAUCUACACGUGAUUGCAACAAAUUAUUACGCUUACUCACUACUAUUCACACUGUGGGCGUUUCAAUUAAAUUAUGUAUAAUGCCUUAAAUUGCAUUAUGACAUAAAUAUAAAACUUUUUCAAUCAUAAGGCAUUCAAUAAAUUUUAUAUUUGUUCUUUCCCUCUUUAUGUCUUCCGGCUGGAAGAGUGAUUAUUAUUUCUCAUUAAUUCAAUAAGUUUUAAUUCUAACAAUGGUUUUGUUUAAACACUACUUCGAACUUAGUAGUUUUUAUUUUUGUCUGCGUUCUACCUAGAACCGAGGGUCGACUAAUUGAGUAAUUAUUUCUACUAUAAUUUGACUGAUUUAUGUCUCAUUUUUUAUUCGAAGAAAAAACUCAGACUUUUUUGUUAUUGGGGUAAUUUUUUUACUCUGAGGGGACCAAUGACACAAACAAAUUCAUAAAAUCUUCUCGGGAUCACUAAUAAGCUUCAGCCAAUUUUAUGAGUGUCUAUUUACAAUUAUCAAUUUUAUGAAGUGGAGAAAUACAAUGAAUUGAAGGGUUUAGUUGAAUGUGUUGAAUUAAAAAAAAUCCACUUCACUUUAAUUAUGCAUGAUUCAAGUGUCAAAAAUCGAAUGCGAAAUUCACUCCCCUUUUCAUGUAAAAAAGUUGAUUAGACGUUGAUCGACAAUCGAAUAAAAAAUAUAAAAUAAAAA